AUGGGCGUGGCGUUCGUGAAUGAUCACACUGAUGAAAUCCAAGAAACUGGAUAUUUAAGUGACGAAGAGUCAUCGUCUAGUAAAUCUUCUUGCUCCGAAACCUACUAUUCUGAAGAAAAAUCUUCAACGACUUCCAGUGAAGUCCAAAAAGAUCACUCUGAUGAAAUCAAAGAAACUGGAUAUUUGGGUGAUGAGGAGUCAUUGUCUAGUAGAUCUUCUAGUUCCAAAUCCUCUUUUUCUGAAGACAAGUCUUCAACGACCUCGAGUGAAGAUCACACUGAUGAGAUCAAAGAAACUGGAUAUGAAGGUGAUGAAGAGUCAUCGUCUUGUAAAUCUACUAGUUCCGAAACCUCUUAUUCUGAAGACAAGUCUUCAACGACUUCGAGUGAAGAUCACACUGAUGAGAUCAAAGAGACUGGAUAUGAAGGUGAUGAAGAGUCAUCGUCUUGUAAAUCUUCUAGUUCCGAAAGCUCCUAUUCUGAAGACAAUUCUUCAACGACUUCGAGUGAAGAUUUAGAUGAAAACCCCACAUCAGAGGAGUGUUGUGGCCCUGUGGGUGUCGCGAAAUACGAAGGAAAAAACGAAGCAAAAGACGUAUCUUUGAUGAAAGCCUGCAUGGAAUUUGCAGGUCAAGACCUUGAUCGGCUCGAACCAAAGCCCAAAAUCAAUGAUCAGGAGAGAGGAGGAAGUAGCAGCGAAGAAGACUUUUUGCCAGGUGGACGUGAGCGAGAUGUUGGUAACUUAUGUAGCACUGUACGAGAGUCGCGAAGGCAGAAUAUUCAGCAACGAAGUCCCGUUUUUAAUUUAAACUUUGACCAGAAUUCAAUGGCCGAGAAGACCAGACGUGCUAAAGAAAGAAGCGAUGAGGAGGAAACAGGCGAUUUGAAUGGAGCUCCCCUAUAG